AUGGGUGAUGAUAAGAUGAAGCUGCCUCAGUUCGAGGGUCAUUGGGACCACUGGAAUGAAGUCAUGGAGAACUUUUUCAGAGCAAAUGGACUGUGGAGCUUGGUGGAGAACGGGUUCGUAGAGCCGACGAACACAACCGUGUUAACCGAAGAGCAGAGGGGACGGCUAGACGACGCCAAAACAAAUGACCACAAGGUGAAGCAUUACCUCUAUCAAUCCAUCGAUAGGGUAACGAUUGAGCAGAUCCAGGACAGGAGGUCCUCCAAGGUCAUUUGGGAGUCCAUGAAGAGGAAGUUCGGAGGAAACGAACGAGUGAAGAAGUCUCUGCUUCAAAAGCUGAGAAGAGAUUUUGAAGUUUUGGAGAUGAGCGAAACAGAGAAGGUGGAGGAAUACUUCAAGCGUGUGCUAGCCAUCACCAAUCAGAUGAGAAGCAAUGGUGAAUCCAUGGAUGAAUCAAAGGUGGUGGAGAAGAUUCUCAGAACCCUCAGUGAGAAGUUCAUGUACAUGGUGGUAUCCAUAGAAGAAUCGAAGGACAUUGAGAGCAUUACCCUUGAUGAAUUGCAGAGUUCAUUGAUCGUUCAUGAACAGAAGUUCAAGAGAUCGGAGAGGAGCGACGAUCAAGUCUUGAAGGUCACUUACGGACGAGGAAUGGGAUCUCGAGGAAGGGGAUCAAGUGGUCGAGGAAGAGGACGAGGUGGUCGAGGCAGAUCGUUCCCGGACAAAAGCACAGUGGAGUGCUACAAGUGCCACAAACUUGGACAUUUCAAAAACGAAUGUCCAAAGUGGGAUGAAGAGGCAAACUAUGCAGAAGAGGAGAGAGAAGAAAUACUGUUGAUGGCUUACACUGAAGAAGGAGAAGAACCUGAAGAUUUGGAAGCAAAAGCAGAGCUCUUGCUGAUGACGUAUUCUGGAAAUCAAGAAAGCUGA